AGCUUUCACACAGGGCCAUCCCCUCUUCUUGUUGUUUUUGUUGUUCUUCCGAUACGAAUUGUGCAAUUUGGAAUUAUUUAUUGGAAAUUUGGAAUAGAUACAUUAAAGAUCAGGAAAAAAUAUACAUGUAAAGGGAUCAUUUGAGAUAUGUGAAACAUUAAACUGCGAUUACAUAAUUAUAUUUAGCGCUACAUGUCGCAUUUUUUUUAGUUUCACGUUUACGCUAUGUCAUUUAGGAGACUACCUUAAGGUAUUAGAAAUGACCUCUUUUCCUGGGAGCCAACAAACUUAUGAGUACCAUGCUGUUGACAACUUUGAAGUCCGUUUGGAAAACCGGAGUUCUGGAUGUUGGUCAUCUUCAUCUGUGAAAUUAAUCCAACUGUGUUGCAUUGGAAUAUUGCUUCCAAUAGUGUGGAUUCUAGUUCCUGUUUAUGCCCGUCUAUUUUCAUAUGCUAAUUCUGCUGUGCCUUUAGCAAAUACUCAGAUGCGUGUAUUAGAUUCAAAUUUCUCUACAUUCUGGUGUCAAGGUCAUCUUCUUCAGACAAAUGUUACCUUUGAUGCCUAUUUGAUGGAUAGCAAACCUAGCGCUUCCUCACACAAUCGACAUUUUACUCAUCACUUUGAGUUGGAUGAUGAUCUCAAAGAAUUUUGGGGAUUUUAUUUGUUUAAAGGUUCGCAGCUGACGGUUAGAUCUUGUGCAAGAUAUAUGGGAGCCAGUAUUACACUUGUCAAAGGAAAUACUUCUCUAAAGUUGCUUUCAUGUCUUGAAGAAAGCUUUACUUCUAGUGACGAAGAAUCUCUAGAACGAAAGAAAAAUUUUACCAUGCUGGGAAAACCGCAUACUUCUUCCCAUCCAUCAAGCGAAGACAAUAUUGAAGAUGGCACGGUGAGUAAUAACAUAGCUAACGGCCAGCCAAUGCUGAUUUCGAAAUUGGACGAUGACGUAGAAGAAAUCGAAAAUGGUGCAUUUGAAUUGGUUGAUGGUGAAGUAAUAAAAGAAAAAGACGCCUUAACGAAUUCAAAAUUGGAUGGCACAUCGGCGUCGGGUGAAUCAUUAACUUCCAGCUCAGAGGAGGCAUUGCUUGCUUGCGCUAGCCCAGUGAUGAAUCAGUUUGUGAUUCCUGACGAGAACUGCAACUCAACGAACACAAAGCAUAGCGUUCUUCAAUACGUUGUUGACGACGAGGGAUAUUAUUCAAUCAUCUUCUCGAGCACUUUUGAACAAAACGGGCAGGUAAAAAACCCUGUUUCCACACAAUUCGAUAUACUCCAAAAUGUAUUUAACGUUACGAAUGCAGCGGCGUCUUGUCAUAAUACCACUGAGUGCCAUUUUCCUCUUCGAUUCGCGUCAAAUGAGCGAGUCGUAGUUACACUUUCGUCACCUCAUUACGAUGAUGGCGAUCGUGAUUUGGGCUCAAUGUUCUAUAUCGAAUCCCAGUGUAUUCCACGUACGCCAGUUUAUCUUGCAUUUGGAUUGACCCUUCCACUCAUUCUUAUUCUUUGUGCCUUCCUAUGACUUCCCGUUCGUUUGCUUUUCUUUGGCUGUAUAUUUAUCAGUCGUAAGGUUUUAGAUCGCUUUAGACAGUUGCUCAGAAAUGAUCCUCAAACCAUGUCGAUUUGCCUUAAAUCAGGGAACAAAUUUGGAUUAAAAUGUAAAGACAAGUGCGAACUUUUAGUUCUCCAAUAUGCAUUAAAAGUUCCUAAACAUUUUAUACCUAAACAAAAUGAAUGCAGGCAACAACGUUCUAAAUAUCCGACUGCUCAACCAAACAGGUUGUGGGGCACUGCGGAAAUAAAGUGGAUAUAGAUAUAGCGCUGUAUAAGGUACCAAAAGAAAAAUAAACAUUGCCGCGUUGACGCGAGAGAAA